CGAAAGAUAAAAUAUAUCAGCUUAUUGUUCAAUUAUUAUGACGUUCUUUCCUAUACAAAAGUGUUGGAACUAUUGUUUCCAAACUGCGUUACCCACUCCAGUCAGCAGAUGGCGAUGUGCGUCUUUCAGGUGAUGCUUCUUGCGUGACGUAUAAUGGACGGGACGCUUCUUCAGGAACAAACAACACGGCUACUAUUUCAACCACCUCGGUAGCUUGCUAGCCAACAUAAGACUGAAACAUUCAGGUUUUAAAUAUGUUAAUGUCCAUUAGCUGAUCUCAGUGUUUAAAAACAGUUCAGUUGACGUAUUAACUGGUUAACUUGAACCUAAUGUGCUUGUUCAAUUUGCAAACGUGUUAAAGAUUGAUACUGAGCCUAGCACUAGGCUAGCCGCUAAUGCUACCUAGCUAGCAAACUAGCUAACAUCCCUGACCAUGAGUUCACUAAACUACUAUUCCCCUGCUAAAGAAGAUGGCUACUGGUUGAAUUUGCAAACUUGUUAAAUAUUGAUACUGAGCCUAACACUAGGUUAUUCGCUAAUGCUAGCUAGCUAGAUAACAUCCCUGACCAUGAGCUCACUAAACUACUCCUCCUCUGCUAAAAUAGAGGAUGUCUGCUCUAUGGAGAAAGAAGCUCUGGCUCUGAACAUUGUCGUGAAAGAAGAAGAGGAGGAUAUUACUGUGAAAGGAGAGAAAGAUGCUCUGGCGCUGGACAUUGUCGUGAAAGAAGAAGAGGAGGAUAUUACUGUGAAAGAAGAGAAAGAUGCUCUGGCGCUGAACAUUGUCGUGAAAGAAGAAGAAGAAGAAGAGGAGGAUAUUACAGUGAAAGGAGAGAAAGAACCUUUCAAAAUUAAAAAGGAGGAAGAGGAGGCUGUUAUAGUGAAGGAAGAAGAGGCUGUUAUUGUGAAGGAAGAAGAGGAUGAUGUUAUAGGAAAAGAAGAGAAAGAACCGCUUAGAGAAGAAGAGGAUGCUUUCUCAACAAAGGUGAAGAAGGAAGACGUUUUGGGAGUGAAAGAGGAGACAGAAUAUCUCAUGAACACCCGAGAGAGACAUGACUAUGGUGGAUCCUCUGGGGAGCCUCAACAACAUCCUGAUGCUGACGAGGAAGAGAAGAGUCUCUCCAGAUCAGAACACCAGAUGGACAACGCUAGCCCUUCCUCCCUCCUGGAGUCCCCGUGUCGUGCCUCUCCCGGUAGCUCCUUACUGCUGGGUAUGAAGAGGUUGUCUGUGCUGCUGGUGGACUGCAAGAAAACAACAGGGCUGAGUGGAACUGUGAGAGGAGGAGAAGAGAAUAAAGGAUCAGAUUUGACUCAUCAAAGAGAAAAAACUAAUUUGGAGGAACCAGAGACAUCCAAACCAGCAAGACGGCACCUCUGCUCCCAGAUUGGAAAGUGUCUUACCAAGCUAGGAAGCCUGAAAAGACAUGGGGGGACACACACUGGAGAGAAGCCACACCAUUGCGCCCAGUGUGGACAUAGUUUUAACCAGUUAAGAAGCCUGAAAGCUCAUGAGCGAAUACACAUAGGGGAGAAGCCUUACAAAUGCUCAGACUGUGGGAAGACAUAUUACUCAUCAUGGUCACUUAAAGUUCAUGUGAGAACACACACAGGGGAAAAGCCUUACCACUGCUCCCAGUGUGCAAAGAGUUUUAGCCAGUUAGGAUACCUGAAAGCUCAUGAGCGAAUACACACAGGGGAGAAGCCUUACCACUGUUCCCAAUGUGGAAGUAGUUUUAGCCAGUUAGGAAACCUGAAAGUUCAUGAGCGAAUACACACAGGGGAGAAGUUUUACCACUGCUCCCAGUGUGGAAAGAGUUUUAGCCAGUCAGGAAGCCUGAAAACUCAUCAGCGAAUACACACAGGGGAGAAACCUUACCACUGCUCCCACUGUGCAAAGAGUUUUGUCUAUUUAGGACAUCUGAAAGAACACAUGAGACUGCACACAGGGGUGAAGCCUUACCAAUGCUCAGACUGUGGGAAGACAUAUUACUCAUCACAGUCACUUAAAGUUCAUGUGAGAACCCACACAGGGGAAAAGCCUUACCACUGUUCCCAGUGUGCAAAGAGUUUUAGCCAGUUAGGACACCUGAAAGCCCAUGAGCGAAUACACACAGGGGAGACCUGCUCCCGCUGUGCAAAGAAUUUCACCAAAUUAUGAAGCCUGAAAAAACACAUGAGACUGCGUACAGGGGAGAACCUUACAAAUGGUCAGACUGUGUGAAGACAUAUUGCUCAUCACAGUCACUUAAUCAUCAUGUGAGAAUCCACACAGCAGAGAAUAAUUACUUAUCGUGUGUAUAUUGAUAUUUCACAUCACAUUGACUUAAAAUUCAUCAGAGAACAUACACAGUUCUCCCGUUGUCUUAUAUUGUUGACUAAGAAUGUGUUUACUUGUUUUUACUUGUUUUUACCAGAUGAAAAUGUAUGUAAAAAAUGUAAAUUAAAAUGUACUUGUACAAAGAAUCCUAAUAAUACAGGGAUAAUACAGGGAUAUUUGGAUGUGAUGCAUUUGCUCCAUUGUUUACAUUUGCAUUGUAGCAAAUUGAAUAUAAAGAAGAUCAGGUUCCUUUUUUUAAAUGGUCCUUUUUUAAACUGUGACUGUGUGUUUAUCUGAAUGUAAUUGUUGACAUUUGCAUUGUUGGCCCACUGAUGAUUUAAUUAAAUUAAAAUGUUCACAGACUCUGUAAUGGAAAAUGUUAAUUGUAUGUGUGUCCGCAUAACUGAGUAUGUGACUAACCUUGUGAAACUGUCCUAUUAUAAUCUCCUGUUUUUGGGAGGAUCAUUCUGUGUUGCAAACCAGCUGCACCUGCAUCCUUGUAUGAAUAAAGUCCCUCCCAGGAACAGGAAACUAUAAAGAUAUGUGCUCAUCACCCAAUGCUUCAGGAAUUCAGACUGUCUAUACUGCGCUGUGUAACUCUGUUAUUGUCUCUGAGCUCAGAA